UCUGCAGCCAGCAUCAGCAACGCUUUGAACUGCCACAGCUGACUCUGGAUCUGCCCGUCACCUACCCUGGGCUGUCCAGUGACUCCCGCCUCCGCUGCACAUUGACUAACAGUCAUCCAUCAGACCUCCAUAAGAAGAUGUUUGAAGACAGGGACGAGACCAAGGAGACUGACGGGAGCCUGCUGGGCGACUCAGGUCACACUCCCCCAGGGAAGAAGGGGCAUGUGAAAUGGCAGAAGCCGCAGCUCACGCGCAAGGCGCUGCUGAAAUGCUGUCUGGUGAAGCGGAUCCUCUCCCGCGCAGCGCCCGAGGGAUCAGCUUUCCCUAGACUGUCUCCAAGGUCCGACAAGUUCUGCAGCGUGUCCUAUUCCCCUGCUGCACUCGGCUGUAACCCGGGUUCGUUUCAGGGAACCGUGGGUGCCAGGAAGGGGUUGUGCCCACCGCUCAUUGUGUGUCAUGUGUCAACCCCCUCUGUGCCCAAGCCGCUGAGGACAAGAGCCUGCUACCACACCAGCGACAGCGACCUUGAACUUUCAUCUGUCCGGCACCAGCCAGAAGGGCUAGACCAGCUGCAAGAGCUGACCAAAUUCACCAAGAAGGAGCUGCAGUCGUUGUACAGGGGCUUCAAGAACGAAUGCCCCAGUGGCCUGGUAGACGAAGACACCUUCAAGCUGAUCUAUGCUCAGUUCUUCCCUCAGGGAGAUGCCAGCAUGUACGCCCACUUCCUGUUCAACGCCUUUGAUGUGGACCGGAACGGAGCCAUCUGCUUUGAGGAUUUUGUCGUCGGCCUCUCCAUCUUGCUCCGUGGGACCGUGCACGAAAAGUUAAACUGGGCUUUUAACCUCUAUGAUAUUAACAAGGACGGCUACAUCACCAAGGAGGAGAUGCUGGCGAUCAUGAAGUCCAUUUAUGACAUGAUGGGCCGCUACACGUACCCGGUCCUCAGGGACGAUGCCCCUGUAGAGCACGUGGAGAAGUUCUUCCAGAAAAUGGACAGAAAUCGGGACGGCGUGGUGACAAUCGAGGAGUUUUUAGAGACCUGUCAAAAGGACGAGAACAUCAUGAGCUCCAUGCAGCUGUUCGAGAAUGUGAUCUAGAAUGCGAUCUCAUCUCUCCCAGCGCGGCUGCCUCCUGGCCUGCACGCAGACAGACGCCUCAGUCUGUCUCUCUCGUUAAGCACACACACAUCUUUAUGAGGAGAAAAACAAACUCUUUUUAUAUUUAAAAACAAACAAAAAAACAACCAAAAAAAAAAAGAGAGGACAUGAUCAUGUUUGCUCCCGACACUGACUGGAUUCUCAUUUGAAGGGCAAGAGGAGACAGAGAGAGAUUGGGUUUCAUGGAUUUGUCUGACCUAGCAGAGGGAUUGGCUAGCUCUCCCCUAGGAUAUAGCCAGGGACUGCUGCACAGCGUCAAAUACCACCCAUGGGAAAGAGACCAGCCUCGUGGAUUAAGCUCAGCACUUCUCACAUGGUAGCUGGAUGGAAAAGAUGUUUGCAUGUGGGAGGUGGAGUUCUUCUCAUUCGCACCAAGUGAGACCCUAGCAAUGGGGCAGUUACUGGGUUCCAUCAGGAAAACGAGGGAGAGGCAUUUACUGAAGAAGAAAUAGGUCUCUAGCUAGAUCCUCAGCUGGCACAAUUUGGCAUAACUCCAUGGACUUCAUACCCCCAUUGCGAAAUUUGACUUCAACUGAACUCCAUCAAUUUUUACCAGCUGAGGACCUGCUCCCCACUUUUCCAUGUGCAGGUAGCUCCUGGGCCAAGAUCCUGGAGCCUGAAUGUCUCUCAGAUGAGAGAGGACGGUUGGUGGACAUCUAAAUAGAAGACAUUCCUGACUGUUGGGAAUCAUCUGCAGAACUUCAGUUCUAAAAGCACAAGAGUGUCCACUCAAAGGCAGGUUCCACAUUGUGUGUGAAUGUUAGAGAGUGUACAGAGCCUUCAACGAGACUUCCUCGGUAGCGUCCCCAGAGAAGGGAAGCAAAGGAAGAAGCUAGCACGCCUUCUCCCCAAUCACAGUGAGAAUGAAUGUCCCUCCACCCGCAGCGGUAGGGGAGAACAAGGUAUCUUCACUCAGACAACUGGAAUGGGGCGAUCUGCAACAAAGAAACAGGAUCUGAAUUUCCUGAAGCAGAAAUACAAGCACAAAUACCCUGGCCCUUCCAAACUGGAGGAGGAGACGGGCCCUCGCUGCUACGUUCUGGAGCUGAAAUUUUCCAUCGUUUUCCACUGGUCCAUCAUCUCCAUCAGCCCUGGCUCGAAUAUCUGUUGACUGGAAUUGAGGGUUACACUGGGAACCUGUUAUUCUGUGGGAUGGGCAGUGUUGUGUAUCCGCGUUGGUCCCCGGGUGUGUGAGAGACAAGGUGGGUGAGGUACAACCUAGUUUAAGUCCAGCUUCUGUUGGUGGCGAGGGCAAGCUUUUGAGAUACAUGGAGACAGAGGAAGAGCCCUGUAUAGCUCAAACUUGUCCUCUCCACCAGCAGAAGUUGGUCCAGUAAAAGAUAUUACCUCACCCACCGUGUCUCUUCUGUGACACUGGAAGCUGAUGGGCGAUGACUUACGAAUAUGCCCAAAGCUCCAGGCUGCAGUUGAAAGUCAUAAGUCAAAUAGGGCGUGAAAUAUCACCUAUCCAUGGGGGACGUUUUCAAGGUUUGGUUUGAGGGACUGUGUUUUGUUCUGGAUUUUUUAACAAGUGACUAUUUCCAGGACUGAGAUGAGAUCUGCCACUGGGCGAACAAGUCUUGAAAGAGGCCAGAGGGUUGGAAAAGCCAGCUGGAAAGCAGCGCAUGUAGGGCUAGACAAGACACCGGGCAUCGGGUUUGGUAGGGAAAGCUCUGCAACCAAGAGGGUGUCAUCCUCAAGAUCCAAGUCAGGGAUAAGUCAGUACAGUCUCUAAUGAGGAACUUUCUAAGUAGCUGGCUGCUCCAUCUCACUGGGAUUUCCUGUUUGCCAUGUCAGAGUCAGAGCCAUGGGGUAUCUGUUUCCAUGCCAAUAGAAAUCCCCUAGAUGAGGUGCCCUAGAGAGACUCCCCUCUAGAUGAGGUGCCCUAGAGAGACUCCCCUUUCGGUUCCUUCAGUAACCUUGGAUGCGUCUGGUUACUGAAUGACCCCAUCUCGCUGCAGAUGGAACAGUGUCUGGUUAGAAGAGCACCAAGCCUGAGAAAUAGUCCCUGGGUCUGCAGUGGGGAAGAGCCCACCAAACACUCUGGGGAAGAGAAGGUGUCUUGGUGGAAGUUGUCACUGAUGCUUAAGCUAGUGCAGGCUCUGCCUCUUUCUCACAGGCCUUCCCCCUCGGGUACAACCAGAUCCACCUUUAUCCCUCACGACCCCCAAGUCCUCCAGCCCCACUUCCCAGAUCUGAACUAGCACCAGGAGCCGCACUUUUAACCACUCAGACUCAGUCCUCAUCUUCCUCUCAACCUCUCUCAGUGCCCAAAGGCUGCCUCUCUCUCUGCCCAAGGCCCAGAUCGGUCUGUUUCUGUCUCCCACUGCCAAGAAGGCUCUGAAUUCCGGCCGUCUCUCCCUCUCCUCUACCCUAAGCCCUCUCCCGGAGGCUGUGAGUUUGCACUCGAUACUUCCUGACAUAUGUACAGUAUAAGGAAUGGCCGCAUGUCUCACUAGCAGUAGCCUUUACUCCAGUGCCCCAUAUCUCACGACCACCCUUACAGCACAAUCUGGGGAGACAGUCGUCGGUUCCUGUUCUCUGUAACUACUUGAUAUUCAGGCACUGUAUAUUUUAAUAAAAUAAACUGAAAAAAAAAAGAAAAAGAAAAGGCUCCCAUCCAUUUUGCUUCCUUCUCUGGCUGCAGAGCCCAACUGGUUCUGUAUCCAAUUCCUUCCCGUGCCAUGAAACACAGCUGAUAGCAUGAACACGGUUCCAUUCUUGCUGUCUAU